GACAAGAAAGAGUAGUGUGCGACGCAAACAAGAGCGGCACACUGAGGCAGCCGGAAGCGGUGGCCAAAGCUCCCUUUCUGCCGACAGUGGUGCCGAACGUAUGCAGCAGCAAGAAGAGGUUGACGCGGGGGAUGAACCCCACGUGGAGCAAGAGGAGAAGGAGGACACCACCGCCGCCGACGCAGCCGACGCAGCCGCAGCUCCCGCCGCCGCCGCCACCCCCCCCCGGCAUGGUUUUUGCGGAGCUGCACCGGCUUUUUCUGCAGCAGCGCCAGCAAUAGUGCCAGCAGAGGGAAGAGCGGCGGAGCAAGAGCGUUUUCUGCGCAUGACGCUGCAGAAAAUGCAGCAGCAGCAGACACAGCGACCGAAGGUGGUGGAGGCUCUAUGGAAAACGAGGAGGAUGAGCCCGCCGGUGGAGCCUCGGCCACCGCCGGUGGAGAUUCGGGCGCAGCCGGAGAGUCCAAGCCCAAGCAGAGGAGGCCGCCGCCGGUGGAGCCUCGGCCGCCGCCGGAGACACGAGGGCGGAGCCGGUCAUGCCCAAGCCGAGCCAGCUGACCAGGAGGGGGAGGGCGGAGGGCUGCACGGAGGAGAGGCUCUCGCGGAGGCCCGCGGCCAGGAGCGUGGUCUACCGGAGAGCUUUUGA